AAGUAGAACCUAACAAAAUUUUUUGGAAGAAAAAAAGGAUUUAUAUGAGCCACGUAGAUGAUAUAAUUGUGACAGAUGUAUUUUAUUCGUUUUGUAUGGUUAAUGGUUUUAUUCUUUGAUUUAAGGUAUAUCUCCAUGAAUAACUUAAAUGACCCCCCAAAUUGGAAUAUCCGGCCUAAUUCCAGGGCUGAUGGGGGUGAUGGAAGCCGAUGGAAUUAUGCCCUUUUGGUUCCAAUGCUGGGAUUGGCUGCUUUUCGUUGGAUUUGGUCUAGGGAGUCUCAAAAAGAAAUAGAGAAAGAGAGAGAAGCGUACCGUCAGAGAACAGCUGCUUUCCAGCAGGAUCUUGAAGCUAAGUACCAUGCCAUGAUCUCAGAGAAUCGGCGUGCUGUUGCUCAGCUGUCUUUGGAACUUGAAAAGGAACAAAACAGAACGACGAGUUAUCGAGAAGCCCUUAUCUCUCAGGGGCGCAGGUUGGUAGAAGAAAAGAAGCUGCUGGAACAGGAACGGGCUCAGGUCAUGCAAGAAAAGAGACAGUUGCAGCCCUUGAGAAAUGCAUAUCUGAGCUGCCUGGAAAAGGAGGAAGACUGGCAAAGGAGAGCCAGGCUUCUGCUGAAAGAGUUUGAAGAUGCUCUGACAGAAAGACAGAAUAUCUACUGCAGUCUGAUUCUCCCUCGCAACAAGAGACUGGAAAUAGAGAAGAGCUUGCUGGUUCGAGCAUCCACUGACCCCGUUGCUGCUGACCUAGAGAUGGCAGCUGGCUUGACUGACAUAUUUAAGCAUGAUACAUACUGUGGUGAUGUCUGGAAUACCAACAAACGCCAGAAUGGGCGACUCAUGUGGCUGUAUCUCAGAUACUGGGAAGUGAUUGUUGAACUGAAGAAGUUUAAGAGAGUAGAGAAAGCCAUACUAGAAAAGUAAGAGAAGACUGGAAUAAAACUUCUU